GCAAGUGCGCGCAUUCUUAACCCCACCGCCCACGUACUUUGCGUUUUAUAUAUAAAACCAUUCAGCAAGUCCAUUGACAUCAAUCAGCAUUUGAUCGUUGCAAACAAUACAACAAAAAUGUUCAGCAAAAUCGUAGCUUUGAGCGCCCUGUUGGCCGCGGCCAACGCUGGUCUCUUGGGCCAUGGCCACGCUGUGUCCUCCCAGAGCAUCAUCCGCCACGACGAGCCAGCACACUACGCUGCCCCCGUAGCACACUACGCCGCACCUGUUGCUCACUACGCUCCGGUAGCGCACUACGCUGCUCCCGUAGCUCACUACGCCGCUCCCGUGGCCCACUACGACGGACACGACACAUACGCUCACCCCAAAUACGACUUCGCGUACUCCGUGGCUGACCCUCACACCGGUGACCACAAGUCCCAGCACGAGAGCCGCGACGGUGACUCCGUGCACGGAUACUACUCUCUGGCCCAACCUGACGGUUCCAUCCGCAAGGUUGAAUACACUGCUGAUGCCCACAACGGUUUCAACGCUGUGGUGCACAACUCCGCCCCCUCGGUCCACCCCGCCCCCGUCCACGGACACGCUUACCAUCAUUACUGAGCAAUCAAUAACUGACUGUGAUAUUCCCUCAUAUUUAUUUCUGUAAAUAAUGUACUUAUCCUGUAAAUAAAUCAUACUAUA